GUGCCAUUAUUUGUUAAAAUUGUGCGGGUUUAUUCUACCGUAGCGUGUGAUACAGACGUGCAGACGUAGUUGACCCGAUCAUUUUGAUGUUAUGUUUGAGUGCUCGGGUGGUGCGCCAUUAUGUAUACUUUUUAAAGAUCUUACCGAGAAUCAUACUGGAACAAGAAGUGCCGAGCUUUUCUGCUAAGCUGACGAGAACGCUGGUUGCUCAAACUUCCGAGAAGAUACACUACUUCUGAAACGCUGACAGUUUCGUUGCAAUCACCCAGCUAGAUUGAAACAUGUCGGAAAGUUCAGCGUUGUCACUCCCAGCCAAACAGGGACGAUUCCGAGUGAAUCUACCGUUGCUUGUGUGUAAGCUGUUCCUCUUGACAUUUUGGGGAUCAGUUGGCUUUUAUCUGUCUUACAUCUCUCUGUAUUAUAAGCAACUAGGAUUCUCUCCCGCCGAUAUUGGCCUCAUGAACUCUCUCAGGCCAUUCUUUGGGUUUGUCGCCAUUCCGUUCAUCGCCAUAGCUUCCGACCGAUUCCGCUGCCGCAAGCUCGUCCUUAUUGCUAGCGUAUUUGGCAGUGCAGUGGUACUCGUAAUCCUGGUGAUGUUACACCGCCCACCUGAAGUUCCCAGUUGUGACAUAAUGGAGAAACAAAUACGGGAAUUUCUCAAUCUAAAUAUAAGCCUCCCCAACUCCAAACUUUUGCCCGAGGAAAUUCACAUGAUGCUAAUCGCUAACCAAAGCUGGCUGUACGAGCAAGGGAGAUUGAGUGUACUCUUCGUUGUUGUCUUCCUGGUGUGCAGUUUUCAGGAUGUGAUCCGUUUCAGCGCGGCGUGCCAAGGAAACGUGGCCGUGCUCGACGAGCUGCGCCGUCAGGAGGGAAACGUUGACCAGUACGGAUGGCAGAGAGGUUUUGGCUGCUUGGGAUGGGGACUUUGCUCGAUGGCUUCUGGAGUAUUUCUCAGCCUGUCCCGCACCACUGUGGUCAGCUGCGGCAUUGAGCACACCAUCUCCGAUUACCGUGUGUCUUUCCUUCCAGGCAUCGGCUUCUAUCUCCUUGCGCUCCUCUGUGCCUUGCACCUCACGUUUACGUAUGCGGAGAGUCCAAAUGAUGCCGGAAAUCAGGACCUAUUGAGUCACGUGUUGCCGGUAGUUCUCAGCUGGCACUACGGCUCGGUAAUAGUUCUGCUCAUCUUUCUGGGCAUAUGCAAUGGCGCCAUCUGGGGAUUCCUGUAUUGGCACUUGGAAAAUUUGGGAGCCACUCAGAGUCUUCUGGGCCUCCUCAUUGUCCUUCAUGCCGCUGUGGAGUUCCUGUGUGGGUCACUCAGCGGCUGGUUCAUCGGUAAAUGCGGCCACAUUCCCGUGCUGAGUCUCGGGCUGUUCUUUUACAUACUCCGGUUUACUGCCUUCCGGCUGCUCACAGUGCCGUGGCAUUUCUUCUUCACGGAGAUUCUCCACGGCAUGUGUUUCAUCCUGACGUGGACCACGGCUGUUUCAUACUUCAGCAAGUCCGUGCCUCCACAAUGCGGGACCACGAUGCAAGGUCUGUUGAUCGCCACGCACCACGGCCUGGGAGUGGGGCUGGGGAUCUUCUCAACAGGGCUGCUCAUCAACAGAUACGGGGCGCCGGGGACGUUUGCCCUGUACGCCGUAUCGUGUGGGCUGUUUCUCAUUGUGUUCGUGCUUAUCCAGUGGAUUGCAAAGGUUCCACCCUCUCCACGGAUACGGAAGAAUGAUGAGUCUGUGAAAUCUAGGCCAGAGGAAGACGGGGAACCAGACGAGCAAGAAACGCAGGAGACGGAGUCGCUCCUGAGCGAGCCCUCGACACCCGUCGAGGAGAAGGCAAAACUCAGCAUCCAACUCCCGCUUCUUAAGUUACCAACCAAAGUGGUCAAGCAACAGUGCUCCGGUGAAGGGAAAUAAGCGCUGCAGAUCCAAAAUAAUCUCAAUGAACGGGAUGACUCCAGGAUUCUCUGCUGAUAAGGGUUCCAGAAGAUUAUAUGAACUUGCACUGUUAGGCCGUGGGCCAACUGGAUAAUCCUUCCAUUUUUUUUGAAAAAUCAGACUCACCUCAUAUUGUUAACUGAAAGUCACUUUAAAGUCAUUAAAAAAAUAAAAAAAUAAUAAUAAUAAUUAAAUGACGUUCAUGAAGAAUUGACUUAGUUUUUCUAGCACAGGAACAAGAAAUUAUAUCGAAAAACUUCAUCCAAAUUUUCGAACAUGUCUGGGAAAGCAGUAGUCUGGUCCCCUUUUGGUCAACUAUAGUACAAAGAAAUAGCGGGGCUUUCACGUUUAAUCAAAAUCCAAAAUGGUGACGUCCAUGAUGACAGACACGAGAGAGGUUUCGAUGGAUAAUUUAUGUUGUUAAGUCAGCUACUAGCAAGCUGAGUCCUUAUUAGAAGUAUCUUGGAACGAGUUAGACACUGUGUUCGGAGAUUGGUUCAUAGUGGGGAUCAAUUCGCUGAAAUAGCUCGAUAAGUACGAGCGAGCGUCGACCUGAUAGCGCCGGCCGUAGCGGUGCUCCAUCCAGCAGCAUCGGGACGCAGUGCAUGCAGCGCUGGAUGGUUUCAUGGUGUCCGCGAGUUCUCAAAGAACCUUCUUAUACGGUGGAGUUUACUAUUCUACGACACCGAUUCAUUGAGGUUUUGUGAUUGUCUACCCCAACUUUUCCUCUUUUCUGUUAUGAUUUCUUUUUAGUUCGUAGGACUAUACUAAAGCCUAUAGAGUAUAAGAGAAUUUUGGGUAUAAUGUAUUUUUAAAGCCUUUUAAAGAUUUUUUUUCAAAUCCUAACUUUUGCAUCUUAAACAAUACAAUACACUUAAAAUAAUUUAACCAUUGCCACCCUGAUCAAUUUGCAAUUGGCACAAAUCUGGUAAUCUGCAAGGGUUAAGCUACAUUUAUUGGUGCUACAUUAAGACAUUUAAUAACAAGUUUAUGGGUAAAACAGUGCAUUUGCUAAUCAGAAUCGUAGGUUCAGAUGUCAAAAAUUGUGCAGACCCUAACCAGGGGAGUUACAGAAACAGAA